GACAGCUGCGCGAAGACAAAUACGUGGUACUACAAUAAUAGCCGUGUAAAAUGAAAUAAACAAUUUUAAAUUUAGUAUAAUAAGCGUGAAAGUUGAUUGCCAAUUUACAGUCGCAUGCAUAAAUGAGACACAUCAUGAACAUACCAGAGAACAGUCGUUUUGUUAUAUACGCAGCUGGCAUCUUCUUCUGUUAUUUUCUUUAUGGAAUUGUGCAGGAGAAUAUAACACGAGGGCGGUAUGGCGAUCAGGUGCAGCCGGAUGGGAGUAUUGGAGAGCGAUACACCUACGCCUUGGCGCUAGUCUGGGUGCAAUGCUUUUGUAAUUUUGUGUUUGCUAAAGGUAUGCUGGUGGUGAAGCCGCAGAAAGAGGACACCACGCACACUGGCUACUAUGCAGCGAGCGCCCUCACCUACUUGCUAGCCAUGGUAUCUUCAAACAUGGCGCUGCGUUGGGUUCCAUAUCCAACGCAAGUUGUGGGCAAGUCUGCCAAGCCCAUACCCGUGAUGAUACUGGGCGUGUUGAUUGGUCGCAAGUCUUAUAGCUGGACAAGAUAUGCCUGUGUGCUGACCAUAGUUGUUGGCGUCAUUUUAUUCAUGUACAAGGAGAGUAAAGUUUCGAAUUUGCCAGCCGAAACAACUGGGCUGGGUGAGCUGCUACUCUUCCUAAGCUUGUCGAUGGAUGGCUUGUGUGCUGCUAUUCAGGAACGCAUGCGAGCAGCCUCUGCCCCAUCAGGCCAACAAAUGAUGUUGGCCAUGAACUUUUGGAGCACUCUAAUGUUGGGUGGUGCGAUGAUACUGACUGGUGAGGGCAAGGAUUUUAUAUAUUUUGCGACUCGCCAUCCAGAGCUAUGGACGCACAUCGCUUUGAUUGCUUUAUGUGGCGCUAUGGGCCAACUAUUUAUCUUCCUGAUGGUUGCUAGUUUUGGGCCACUGGCCUGCUCUGUGGUUACUACUACGCGCAAGUUCUUUACGGUUCUAUGUUCUGUGUUGAUGUUUGGUAACAGACUUAUUGCUCGGCAAUGGUUCGGUGCUGUUUUGGUAUUUGCGGCGCUCUUCGCCGACAUGCUGUAUGGAAAAAAGCAAGUUCCGGCUAAGAAAUCACCAAGCGAUGUCAAACUGAAGGGCAAUAAUGAGGAACAAAAGAAACUGAUUUCAUAGAAUUUAUUAGAGUUUUUUUUAGUAUAAUUCGUCUUGUGUUUAGCUGCAUGUAAAUACAUACAUACAUACAUAUAUAUAACAUUAUCUGUAGAAGAA